AUGAGCUGCAGACAGUUUUCGUCGUCCUACUGGAGCCGCAGCAGUGGGGGUGGUGGGGUCGGUGGGGGAGGUGGGGGCAGCAUGAGGUCUUCCUACAGCCGCCGUAGCACCUCAGGGGCCGGAGGAGGAGGGGGCCGAUUCAGCUCUUCCAGUGGCUAUGGCGGGGGGAGCUCUCGUGUCUGUGGAAGGGGAGGUGGUGGCAGUUUUGGCUCCAGCUAUGGUGGAGGAUCGGGGGGUGGUUUUAGUGCUGGAAGCUUUGGGGGACAAGGCUCUUGUGGUUUUGGGGGUUCUGGAGUUGGCUUUGGUGGUGGUGCUGGAGGUGGCUUUGGUGGUGGUGCUGGAGGUGGCUUUGGUGGUGGUGCUGGAGGUGGCUUUGGUGGUGGUUCUGGAGGAGGCUUUGGUGGCUCUGGGGGUUUUGGUGGUUUUGGAGGUGGUGCUGGAGGCAGUGAUGAUGGCAUCCUGACUACUAAUGAGAAGGUAACCAUGCAGAAUCUCAAUACCCGGUUGGCCUCCUACUUGGACAAAGUGCAAGCACUUGAGGAAGCCAAUACCAGUCUGGAGAGUAAGAUUCAGGACUGGUACGACAAGAGGGGACCCAAUGCCUCACAAAAGGACUACGCUCCUUACUACAACACUAUUAAUGAUCUCAAGAACCAGAUUGCAGAUGUGACAACGAACAACAACAAAACUCUCCUGGAUUCUGACAACACUCGCAUGACACUGGAUGACUUCAGGAUGAAGUUUGAGAUGGAGCAGCACCUGAGGCAAGGAGUGGAAGCUGACAUCAAUGGCCUGCGCCAGGUGCUGGACAACCUGACCAUGGAAAAAUCUGACCUGGAGAUGCAGUAUGAGACUAUGCAGGAGGAGUUGAUGGCCCUCAAGAAAAAUCAUCAAGAUGAAAUGAGCCAGUUGACUGGACAGAACUCUGGGGAUGUCAAUGUGGAGAUAAAUGUUGCUCCGGGCAAAGAUCUCACCAAGAUCCUUAAUGAUAUGCGCCAGGAAUAUGAGCAGCUCAUUGCCAAGAACCGUCAGGACAUUGAACAACAGUAUGAGUCUCAGAUAAGCCAGAUUGAGCAGGAGGUGACCACCAGUAGCCAGGAGAUGGAAUCCAGCACCAAAGAGGUGUCCCAGCUCUGGCACAGUGCCCAGGAGUUGGAGAUUGAACUGCAGUCUCAGCAAAACAUGAAAUCAUCCCUGGAGAAAUCCUUGGAAGACACAAAGAACCGCUACUGUGGGCAGCUGCAGCAGAUCCAGAACCAGAUCAGUAAUGUGGAGCAACAGCUCAGUGAGGUCCGGGCAGAGGUGGAGUGCCAGAAUCAGGAAUACAGUGCUCUGCUCAGUAUCAAGACGCGACUGGAACAGGAAAUUACAACUUACCGCACCCUCCUUGAGGGUGGCCAGGAAGACUUUGAAUCUUCUGGAGCUCAACAAAUUGGAUUUGGAGGUGGAAGUCAAGGAGGAAGUGGGUCUCGAGGUGGAAGUGGGGGCAGUUAUGGAAGAGGAUCCAGGGGAGGAAGUGGAUAUGGAGGAGGAAGUGGAGGCCAGUAUGGUGGAGGAAGUGGAGGCAGUCAUGGUGGAGGAAGUGGAGGCCACUAUGGAGAAGGAAGUGUAUCUGGAGGAGGAAGUGGUGGUGGCAGCCAUGGUGGAGGAAGUGGAUCUGGAGGAGGAAGUGGUGGUGGCAGCCAUGGAGGAGGAAGUGGAUCCAAAGGAGGAAGUGGUAGUGGCUAUGGAGGAGGAAGUGGAAAGUCAUCCCAGUCACAGUCCUCAAAAUCUGGCAACUACGAUGAUACGCAAAGCUACAGAUACUAGAGCACCUGUAAACUUGCCCCGCCCAUCUCCAGCUGAGCAUCCGCCAAAAAGACAGACCCUGGAGGAAGACUGCUCAUUGCACCUGGACACCAGGAGUAGUUGGCAACAAGCCCUGAUGCCUGUUUGGGACUGGACUGACUUGGCAU